GUUUCAUCACACUACAUUACAUGCCUGUAGUUGCUGUGGGCCACUUGCCUCGUAGUUUCCCCUUUUCUUCGAGUGAUAAGGGAAAGGGAUGGGAAACUGCACUUCUCCACUCGCCCUCGCCCGUCCAAUGGAGAGUCCUGUUACUUGAUUUGAUUUCGGCCUGGCACAUGCGCGUACACUUAUUCAUCGCUGCUGGCACUCUUCACCUCCUUUGAACAUCAUUUUUUUCUCACGAGGCACGGGUUUACGUCGUAUCGUCUUGGCUUCUCCACCGUUGACGGCGUUUUUGUAUUGGCAUAGACGAUUCUAACGUAGCACCCUGCAUCCGUUCGUACAUGUAUUGUCGAAUGGCAGGCUCAGCGUCCUCCCUCCCAGCUCACAAUGCGUAGGAUCAAACCGCUGCGGCGCGCAACCCACCACCAGCAACCGCCCAUGUCGCGCCAACACCAGAGAACCGUCAUGUAUCUGCUCUGCGGGGCCCUCGCGUUCGGCGCCGCGUACCUGUGGUAUCUGCCGCCUAUCGACCGGCUCGCGGUGCCGUUCCCUGUGCACGAGGCGUACAUGAACGAGGAUGUGGGGAAGGCGCGGCUCGUGGCCAAGAUGAGCUACGACUGGAGGACUGCGCCGUUUCUGAAUACCGUGGAGGAGUAUAUGCAGCUGCCGAGCGGCGAGCCGAGGGCGCUGCCGAAAGUCCAGUUUGACUUCCCGCCUGAGACGGGGGCGCAGAGGCGGAGGAGGGAGAGGCGGCGGGUGGCUGUGCGGGACGAGUUUCAGCGCAGUUGGCAGAGCUACAGAAGAUUUGCCUGGGGGGAGGAUGAGCUCAAGCCUAUUUCGGGGGCGGGCGAUGAGACGUUUGGGGGUUGGGGCGCGACGCUGGUCGACUCGCUGGAUACGCUGUGGAUUAUGGGGCUCAAGGAAGAAUUCUAUGAGGCGCUGGAGGCUGUGGCGGCGAUUGACUUUGGCAAGUCGAAUAUGAAGACUAUCAGCGUCUUCGAGACGACCAUCAGAUACCUCGGCGGGAUGCUCAGCGCCUACGACCUCAGCCUCGAGCCCAUGCUGCUGGACAAAGCGGUGCAGCUGGGCGAGAUGCUGUACCGGGCGUUUGACACGCCAAACAACACACCCCUGAACUGGCUGGAUAUAGAGAAAGCCAAAUCCGCCGACCGCGAACCGUUCAAAGCGGAAACCAGCCUCUGUCUCGCCUGUCUCGGCUCGCUGACCAUGGAAUUCACCCGCCUGGCCCAGAUCACAGCGGAGCCAAAAUACUACGACGCAGUGGCCAGAAUCACCGACCUGUUGCGCCGCAAGCAGAACGACACGCGCUUACCGGGCCUCUGGCCCAUCACCCUGAACGCAGCGAAACACGAAUUCAACCAAAGCCGCACCUUCACCAUCGGCGCCCAGGCCGACUCAACAUACGAGUACUUCCCCAAAAUGGCCGCGCUGCUCGGCGGCCGCGAGCCCGUGUACGAGCAGCUAUACGCCGACGCCGCGGCCAUGAUCGACAAACACAUGCUGUUCCGCCCCAUGGUCCCGUUCGCCACCCCAGGCGAAUCCCUCCUGUUCUGCGGAAACAUCCACGUCAACGACCCGCUGCACGUCGUGCUCGACCCGGAAAUGCAGCACCUGACGUGCUUCGCGGGGGGCAUGUUUGCCCUCGCGGGCCGCCUGUUCGCCGACCCGCACCACGUCGAGCUCGGCGCGAAGCUGACGCGCGGGUGCGUGUACGCGUAUGCCGCGACGCCCUCGGGCAUCAUGCCCGAGACGUUCGACGUGCUGCCGUGCGCGGACCGGGCGACAUGCGCGUGGAACCAGACACUCUGGGAAGACCGCGUCAUGCGGCACUACGGCACGAAGUACAUCGGCGACGCGCAGGCCGCGGCGCUCAAACACCGCCUUCCCCUCGGCUUCCCCGCUAUCCGCGACCGCCGCUACCUACUACGCCCCGAGGCCAUCGAGUCCGUCUUCAUCCUGCACCGUAUCACGGGCGAGGACGCGUAUAUGGAGUAUGCGUGGGAUAUGUUCUGCGCGGUUGUCGCGGCGAGUCGCACGCCGUUUGCGAAUGGGCAGGUGCGCGAUGUUACUGCGCCUGGGGGCGGGGGGGUGCCGGGCGUGAGGGGGAGUGCGGUCGCGCAGGAGGAUAAGAUGGAGAGCUUUUGGACGGCGGAGACGUUGAAGUAUUUUUAUUUGGUGUUUAGUGGGGUGGAUGUGCUGGCGUUGGAUGAGUGGGUGUUUAAUACUGAGGCGCAUCCGUUGAGGAGACCGGGGAGGUGA